GCAAGAUGGCGUCUGUUGGAAACGUGUGUUAGCAGAGUGUCUUUGUUGUGUUUUUAAAGUGUGAACAUGUCUAAAGUCCAAAUGCUGAGAGCGUUGGUGAAGCAGCGACUAACUGCGGCUGUUGAAGAGAUAUUUGGGUUGUUUGAAAGAACGAUAGCAGAGUACGAGGAGGAACUUUGUCGAUCAAAAGAGGAGAACGAGCGACAACGUAAACUACUGGACGCUGUUUUCAACCCUCAGCUUCGGUUACACAGAGCAGACGUCCAGCAGCUGUUGGUGGUUAAAGAAGAGGUUCCCCCUGAGCAGCAGGAGUGGAGCUCCAGUGUGGACCAGGAGGACCCAGAGCCUCCACACAUUAAAGAGGAACAGGAGGAACUCUGGAUCAGUCAGGAGGGAGAGCAGCUUCAAGAGCUGGAGGAGGAUGAUAUCACCAAGUUCACAUCCACUCCUGUCCCUGUGAAGAGUGAAGAUGAUGAAGAGAAACCUCAGUCCUCACAUCUUCAUCAAAGACAUACUUAUCAUAUGUUAACAGAAGUUGAUGGAGAGGACUGUGGAGGAUCAGAACCAGCUAGUAACUCAGAUCCAGAUUCACAUUUACAUCCAGAGACUGAUGACAGUGAUGAUUGGAAGGAGACCAGAGAACCUCAGUCAGGUUUAAAUUCUCUGGAAAAUGAUGAAGUCCCUGUGAGUGAUUUGAUUGUUUGCGAGAAACCAUUUAGCUGCUCUGAGUGUGGGAAAAGAUUCGGUUGCAAUGGAGAUCUGAACAGACACAUUAGAUCUCAUACAGGGGAGAAACCAUUUGACUGCUCUGAGUGUGGGAAAAGGUUUGGCCAGAAGGGACAGCUGAGGAUUCACAUGAGAUCUCAUACUGGAGAGAAACCAUUUAGUUGCUCUGAGUGUGGGAAAAGAUUUGGUCACAGUGGAGAUCUGAAGAUACACAUGAGAUUUCAUACAGGAGAGAAACCAUUUAGUUGCUCUGAGUGUGGGAAAAGAUUUGGUCGCAGUGGACAUCUGAAGAUACACAUGACAUGUCAUACAGGAGAGAAACCAUUUAGUUGCUCUGAGUGUGGGAAAAGGUUCGGUUGCAAUGGAGAUCUGAAGAGACACAUGAGAUCUCAUACAGGAGAGAAACCAUUUAGUUGCUCUGAGUGUGGGAAAAGAUUUAGUCAAAGUGGAGAUCUGACGAGACACAUGACAUCUCAUAUAGGGUAGAAACCAUUUAGCUGCUCUGAGUGUGGGAAAAGAUUUGCAAUGGAGAUCUGAAGAGGCACAUGAGAUCACAUACAGGAGAGAGACCAUUUAGUUGCUCUGGGUGUGGGUAGAGAUUUAGGCGCAGUGCAGAUCUGAGGGCACACAUAAGAUCUCAUACAGGGUAGAAACCAUUCUAUCGCUCCCAGUGAGAAAAUAUUAGGUUGCAGUACAAAUUUAAAAAGUCACGAGAUCUCAUUCAGGAGAGAAACAGGUUACAGUAGUGUUUUAAAGAUACACAUGAGAUCUUAUACAGGAGAGAAAUCAUUUAGUUGUUCAAUUUGUGGAACAAAUGGAUGAGGAAUUCUCAUGAGGACAACUCAUGAUGGGGAAAACUAUUUCAGAUGUUCAGUUUGGAAAAAACAAUCUUUUAUUUGAAAAAAGACUAAGAAACAACCAUGGAAACUCGUACAGGACAAACACUUUCCAGCUUCAGUGUUUGUAUGAAAUCUUUUACACAAACUGGACAGUUACACAAAUACAUUAAAUCCCACACAAGAAGGAACCCCUUCAGCUGCAGAGUUUGUCACUAAAGAUUCACGUGGCCUUAACAACUCAGAAAGUUUGUUAGUCUGCUCAGCCUCAUCAAACUCAAACUGAGGAGAGCAGAGAGGCAGAGCCUCCAGCCAGCAGCUCAACUACACAGAUGGAACCAGAAGUUAACGGAGAGGACUGUGGAGGACCAGAAUCAGCCAGAUACAUAUUUUCAACCUGAGACUGAUGAUAAGACGGAAGACUCUUCUAAACCUGCGACUGAUGACAGUGAUAAUAGUUGGAAGGAGACCAGAGAACCUCUGUCAGUCAGUCAUGUGACACUCAAUACUAACCAAAAACAAUUAAGUUACUCAGUGUGGAGUAAAAAGAUUUGUCUGUCAGAGAUGCUCAAUGUUUACAGUCCACAGCUCCUCUGCAUAGUCUCUCCCAUCUUUCCUUCUCUCAUCUUAUGGGCAGCAGCACUGUGCAGUCAAGGGCUGUACCUUGGGCUGAUGCGGACAGGCACAUCAGAAGGGACACCGCUGAGCGACCUUCAUGACUCAGCCUUCAUUUGAAAUUGUGUUAUCAGCUUUACACUCCCAGUUUGGAGAAGCAGACUAGAGAACUGGCAUGAUUAGGUUGCUUCCCAAAGUCACAAAAAACUUUCAUACAAACUUUUAAAAAAAUAUAUAUAUUUUUUCCUCUCUCCCUAUUGUAAAAGCAGCAGCAGCCAGGGGUUUAAAUAUAGACAGGACAGGUAGUGCGGUUGCACUGGAGCCUGUGGGGUGGGGGGACCUUGCAAAUGAUUCAGAUUUCCAAUUUGGAGCUACAGCUGUGUUUCUAAAGAAAAAAAAAAUCACAUUUAAAUUAAAAAUUAUGCCAUUUGGUACAGGCUAUUUGACCUGAAACGUGCCAACACAUCUCUGUCAUAAUUUUCUUUUUUCUUUUCUUUCCUUUUUGUAAAAUAGUCAGUAGCAAUC